UCUCGACGCUCGUCACCUCUGCGCGUUCACCCGUAGACACCGCGACUGUCCUCCACUUGGCCGCACAACAUUCACAGUCGAAUGGCCGCCGCCACGCUCUGGCUCUCGCGCAUGAGCGCCGCCGACAAGAUCGGCCAAAUGACGCAGUUGGACAUCUCCAUGGUGCUCGCAGACGGCUGCCCGCUGCGCAUCGACGACGCGAAGCUGCGCAGGCAGCUUCGCGUCCACCGGCUGGGGUCGCUGCUCAACUCUCCCUUCUCCGGCACCGAACCGCGAUGCGGGUCGUCGGGCUGGAAUGCGACUGAUUGGCGCGCCGCUGUCGAGCACAUCCAGACGGCCGCCGCCGACGAGGGUCUCCCUCCUCUCGUCUACGGCAUCGACUCGGUCCACGGCGCGUCGUACUGCCGCGGCGCCACCCUGCUGCCGCAGCAGCUCGGCCUCGCCGCGUCCUUCGACGAGUCGCUCGCCGCCGCCUCCGGCUGGAUCACCGGCAAGGACAGCCGCGCCGCGGCGACGCCGUGGAUGUUUGCGCCCAUCCUCGGCGUUGCGUCGCACCCGCUCUGGCCGCGCGUGUACGAGACGUUUGGCGAGGACCCGCUGCUGGUUGCGAGGAUGGGCGCGGCGGUGGUGGAGGGGAUGCAGCGGCGCGGCGGCGAGGGCGAGAUCCCGGCGCGUGCGGCGGCGUGCAUGAAGCACUUUGUGGCCUACUCGGCGCCGCGGAACGGGCACGACCGCGAGGGCGCGUGGCUGUCUCGGCGCGAGCUGGAGCAGACCUACCUGCCGCCCUUCCAGGCCGCGGUGGACGCCGGCGUACAGAGCGCGAUGGAGAGCUACCAGGAGGUGAACGGCGAGCCCGUGGUUGGCUCGGCGGCGCUGCUGCAGGGGCUGCUGCGCGAGCGGAUGGGCUUCGAAGGGCUGCUGGUGACGGACUGGCACGAGGUCGGCAACCUGCACGACUUUCAUCGCGCGGCGAGCUCGCCGGAGGAGGCGGUACUCCUCGCCAUCGGCGGCUCGAGCUCGCUCGACAUGUCGAUGGUGCCCACCGACGAGUCCUUCUCCGUGCUGAUGGAGCGGCUGCACGCGCGCGGAGCAAUCGACGAGGCGCGGCUCGACGUGUCGGCGCUGCGUGUGCUCCGUCUCAAGGAGUGGCUCGGCCUGCUCCCGCCGCCGCCCGCCGUCCGCCCCCCCCCGUGGUCGGACAGCGAGGCGACGGUGCGGCUCGUCGAGAGCGUGGGCAGCGCCUCGGACGCCGCACUUGCCCACGAGGCUGCGCGCGCCACGGUCACGCUGCUCAAGAACGUUCCGCCGUUUGACGACGACGAGAGGCCACCCCUCCUCCCCCUCCUCCCGGCCGACAAGGGAGGCUCCGUCCGCCGCGUCCUCGUGACGGGCCCCGCUGCCGACUCGCUGGGCCGCCUCUCUGGCGGCUGGACGGCGCACUGGCAAGGAACGCUCGCCGACGAAGAGAUCCGCGCCGCGGGAACGCCGACGCUGCUCGAGACAAACUCGACGGCUGAGCUGGUCGCUGCUGCGGCGCUCGCUGACGUCGUGGUUGCCUGCUUGGGCGAGGACCCGCACACGGAGAAGCCAGGCGGCUCUGGACGACCUCUCGCACGCGACUUGGACGACCUCUCGCUCGACGCCGGUCAGCUCGACCUCGUGCGCGUCCUCGCCUCCGCCGGCAAACCCAUCGCGCUCGUGCUGGUCACCGGCCGGCCGCGCCUCUUGCACGGCGUCGAGGCGCUGCCGCAGGUCAACGCGGUCCUCCAGUCCUUCCUGCCGGGCCCGCACGGCGGCGCCGCGCUCGCCGACGCGCUGGUUGGCACUUUCGAGCCGUCGGGCCGGCUUCCAAUCUCGUGGCCAACCGCCGCCUCCUCUCUCCUCUACCCGCAUUGGCACCCCACCCCACGCAGCGGUGGCCGGCGCGCUGUGAACGGCGUCUCGUCACGCGGCCCCGCCGUGGGCGCAGGCACGCCGUCACGCAACAGCCUCUCCUACACGCGGCUGCAGUACAGCCCCCUCCUCCUCUCCUCGGGCGCCCUCCCGCGAACCGGCGCGGUCAACGCGUCGGUGGCUGUCUCGAACCCUUCCUCACUCGCGCUCAACCACACGGCCUUCCGCCGCGUGCUGCUGCCGGCAGGCUCGAGCGUCGAGGUCUCCUUCACGCUGCGCGCGGACGACUUUCGGUACUGGGGCCUCGAGGAGCGGUGGGUGGUUGAGGGUGGUAACGGGCCUCUCGCCGCCCUUGGUGCGGUGACACGGCGGCGCGCGUCCGAGGGCAGCGGGCUAGCGGCGGCGCGGGCACGUCUGUACGUCGAGGGCGAUUGCCGCGGGACGGGGUGUGGGACGGCCGGCUGGCUGGAGCGAGACGCGUCCGGCCGUUGGCACGAGCUUGGCGGUUCUUCCCCUCGCCACGGCGAUGGCGGCGGCGGGAGCCGGAUGGGGUCGCAGCUGCUGCUGACUGCGGCCACCCUCGCCCUCGGCUGGCUGCUCGGCUGUCUCUCCGCCGGCAAGUGCGACGCCGCCAAGCAGUGCGCGAGGCGGACUUUCGUGGCGGGGCGCCGGCGCGCCAUCAGCGAGAUGCCUCUCACUCACCACCAGCGCAGCGUCGUCGGCGGCAGCGAGAUGGCGCCCCUCCCUCCGGCGGACGGCGGCGGCGUGGGGACGGCCGCUCCGGCGGGCCGGGGAUCGCACGACCUCUCACACGCCUCGGAUCACACGUCGCCUCGCGACAACGUCGACUUUGGCGAGCGCGACCCCGCGGGCCCGCCGCGGCCGGACAAGGCGUGGACGCACCACUGACAGGACCCCAGCCUGCGCGAUGCGCCGUGGAAAAGCGCAUCAAACAGAGGCUGCUCUAAAUGUACGGCUCUGUGGUUGGUCACGGGACGAUCUGAGUAUGCAUUGGCCGUCUGUGUGAAGUACUGUUACGUAC